AUUUUAAUAAAUACACAAACAAAUUUUAUUGUUAUUUUAAAAAAACACUAAAGCUAAAUUGCCGAAGCGAUUAUCAUGGAGCCUUCUGUGUUGGAGGCAACAGCCUCAACAACAACCACAACUUCUGCGACAAAAGUGGAACCCAAUAAUGCUGGAGAAAAAUUGCAAAAAGUAUUUAAAAAUGAUUUCGAUGCCAAAUAUAAUAUUGUUGAUAUACCAACGCCUCGGAAUGCUUUUAUGUCUGGCCAAUAUAAAUGCAGUUAUGCCUAUUACACAAUACGCAGUCGUCUACCAGUUAUCCUAACUAAUGUAAUAGAUCGAAUGACCAAGGAUAAAAAUGAAUUGGUGACACAAUUCGCGCCUUCCAAUUUUGAACAGAGUGCACGGGAGGAACUGAAAAUUAUAAUUGGCUUCAUCUCGAGGCUAAAGUAUGAGCUGCAAACGGAUAAACCAUUUCAAAAAUUCACAGGAGAUGAACCCGAUGGUGAAUUGUGGAAUAACUUCCUGUCCCACUUGUCCGAAGAUGAAGGAACAUUUUAUCGCGGCUGUUGGCUUCAUGCCGAAUGCUAUAUGUAUAGGAAACUCUACUCCUUUGUCGAGAAUAGCAUUUUUCUCAAGCAAUUUGAUUAUUUUGGUAAAGUCAAAGAACAGGCUUUGGUCUCCAGCAUAGAUGAUAUAAUCUCGCUGGUCAAGUAUACGCGAAGGACUGAGAAAAAUGUUGAAAUGUUUGAAGAGCUAUUGAAAUUCAGUCUUUGGGCUAAUCGCAAUGAUGAUGCAGAAACGGCAAGUCUCUUCAAUCGUAAGGUACUUGAAGAUGCUGGAUCCGCAAAUGAUUACAUACUCGUUAAUCACUCGACCCAAUUGUGGGAUUGUCUGGAAAACGAGCCAACGCAGAAGAAACAUCUUCAGCAAGUCGAUUAUAUACUGGAUAAUGUUGGUUAUGAAUUGUUUACAGAUUUCAUUCUAGCCGAAUAUAUGAUUGAGAAAGGAUUAACCCAAAAAGUACGUUUCCAUGUGAAGGCUCAUCCAUGGUUUGUCUCCGAUGUCACAGAGCAUGACUUCAAGUGGACUUUGGAAUAUUUAAGUCAACAUUCGGAUUAUAUUGUCUGUUUGAUUGGCAAAAAGUUUCUGCAAUUUCUUGAUGAGGGUAAAUUCGAAUUGGCUGCAGCUUCACCCUUCUGGACUGGACCAUAUGCUUACCAUAGAAUGCGCGAUGUCUCGCCCGAUUUGUACAACUCGUUGCAACAAUCUAAGCUAAUCAUAUUCAAGGGCGAUCUCAAUUAUCGUAAACUCAUGAAUGAUGUGUGCUGGGAUCCCACCCAAGAAGUCACAACUAGUUUGAGUGGCUUUCUGCCCACGAAUCUAUGCGCUUUGCGUUCAAUUAAAGCGGAGGUUAUAGCCGGCUUGCCUGAGGGUGUAUAUGAGACAUUGUGUAAACAAGAUCCCCAAUGGAUGAUUACUGGCAACUACAGCGUCAUACAAUUUGUAGAUGGAACACGAGAAUUUGGCUAUUAAAAAGGAAAAUGGCAAACACCAAAGGCAAUUAUUAAAUUAAAGCAGUUGCAUGUAAUUAAAUUCAAAUUUCUAAUCACACCGUUAUUGAUUAAACAUAUUUAUUCAAUGUAAUUUAUUAACAAAAUAAAAAUUAUAAAUAAAUAUA